AUGCUGCGCUAUGGCCGCGCCCCGCCCUACCGCGCCCCGACGUGGACGCGCAUGGCUUUUUUUGGCUGCCAAGCUUGUGCCCACCGGUGGCGCUCAGCCCGCGGCGAAGCUGGCGUCUACCAAAAGUGCAAGCACUGCUUCGAACCCUGUUACCCGACCGAGUUUCGCCUCGUCGCGCCGAAUAAGGACGGCAACAUGAACAAGGAGACGGCCAUUGGGCACAACAUGGAGCUCUGUGGCAAGUGCGACGAGCUCGGGUACUCGUGCCAAUACGCACUCGACGACAGUGACGAGGACGAGGACACGACUGAAGCGAUUCAAGCUGGCAGCGUUGAGUGGGAAGAAGCGUUCGAGCACGAGCUCACGGCGGCGACCACGCCAACGCCGGCCGUCAAGUUUAAGGUGCGCCCCGAGAAGCGCCUGUCCCAGAAAGAGCGCCGUAAGCUCGCCAAGGAGCAGGAAGCCGCGUUGCGCGCGCAACUGGCAGCUCAAUUGGCGGCGGCGGAUGACGACAUCGCCAAGCCCGCGAGAGACGUGCUCCUCGAGCCGGUCAAGAAAACGAGUGCGAGCGAGCUCGAGGUCAAACCGCUGCAGCAACUCGACCUCGUGCUCUCGUCACUCACGUCGACGAUGCCAGUGGACAUCCUCCCGGGUGCGUGGGAUCCCAGCAACGUCAUGCUGCCGCAGCAGCCGCUCGCAGCGUGUCUGCUUCCCCACGCCAUGCGUUUUGCGACGUGCUCGCUCGUUCCGAACCCCUAUGCCUCGUCGAUCGACGGCGUCACGUUCGUCGGCACAUCAGGUCAGCCCGUCGACAGCGUUCUGCAGUGCUCGCUGGGGCAGACGCCGAUCGAGGCGCUGGAGCACUUGCUUUUGUGGCGGCACUUGGCCCCGACGGCGCCUGAUAUUCUGGACUGCUACCCGUCGCCGGGCGAUGACGUCUUUGUCCUUGAUACGUGUCCGCAUGUGUUGUUUGCAGGCAACCAACCGUCCUUCGCGACAAAGCUCGUGACCGGUCCCCAGCAACAGAGAACGCGCCUGGUCUGCGUGCCAUCGUUUGCAAGCACGGGCACUUUUGUGCUCCUGAACCUCAAGGACCUCUCGGUGAUGCCAGUGACAUUGACGCUUUAA